AUGGCGGAAAUGGCUGAAUUGAAAUCCCUAGCUCCACCACCCUCCUGCCCGCUACGUAGAUCUUCCUUCGACCCUCUCUUCCCUACCCCUCGCUCCCACUGUCGGUCGCCGCGCAGGAAGAAUCCACUACAAGCUCGCUUUCUUUCAGCGCCGAGUUUUCUUUUUUAUCCAUUGAUAAAAAUACUUCUAAGGCCACCUUCCAAUAUCCCGUAG